CGGCCAGUCAGUUAGCUGCUAUCUGUUUGACAGUGGGUAGCUGCAUAGACUGUCAAAAGAAGGGAAGCUAGACGUCAACAAGAACCUCAGUAAAUAAUGUAGAUAAUGGCAAAUGGGUUUAUGGCAGAAUAAAUUUCAGAGCGACUUGGAACAAAUAUCUGGAUUUCUAGUAUUGAAGGUUGGGAGUCUAUGAGUAGGGAUGCCUGUCGAAAGUGGAAGCAGUGCAGCUUCUCGCCAGGCCAAGCAGAAGCGCAAGUCCCACAGCCUGUCCAUCCGCCGGACCAACAGCACAGAGCAGGAGCGCACAGGUUUACAGAGGGAGAUGUUGGAGGGACAGGAUUCCAAAUUGCCAUUGUCUUUGAGAAGCAAUCUUCUGGACCUGUUUGGCCAGAUUGAGAGGGAGUUUGAAAACCUCUACAUUGAAAACAUUGAGUUGCGUAGAGAGAUUGAAACACUGAACGAUCGUUUGACAGCUGAAGGACAAACCAUCGAUGGGGGAGAUUUGACAAAGGGGGCACUUAAAACAAAAGCAAGUCAUAGCACAAGUCAACUUUCACAAAAACUGAAGACUACUUAUAAGGCAUCUACAAGCAAGAUCGUUUCCAGUUUUAAAGCCACCACGUCCAGAGCCGUGUGCCAGCUGGUCAAGGAAUAUGUAGGUCACAGGGAUGGCAUAUGGGACCUGAGUGUUACCAGGACACAGCCCGUGGUGCUGGGCACAGCUUCGGCAGAUCACAGUGCCAUGCUAUGGAGCAUCGAGACUGGGAAGUGCCUCCUGAAGUAUGUGGGUCAUGCAGGAUCAGUUAACUCUAUCAAGUUCCAUCCCACGGAACAGAUGGCUCUUACAGCGUCUGGUGACCAGACAGCCCAUAUCUGGAGGUACAUGGUGCAGCUGCCCACCCCACAGCCUGUAGCCGACAUCAGUCAGACGCCCUGUGAUGACGACAUAGACUUCUCAGAUAAGGACGAGGCUGACGGGGACGGUGAGGGCCCUAACGAGUGUCCCUCCAUCCGCAUGGCUUCCACUACCCUCAGGAGCCACCAGGGGGUUGUCAUCGCUGCAGACUGGCUGGUGGGGGGCAAGCAGGUGGUUACUGCCUCCUGGGACCGGGCUGCCAACCUGUAUGAUGUGGAGACUUCUGAGCUUGUCCACUCACUCACUGGCCACGACCAGGAGCUGACCCAUUGCUGCACCCACCCCACCCAGCGUCUGGUGGUCACCUCGUCCAGAGACACCACCUUCCGUCUGUGGGACUUCAGAGACCCCUCCAUCCACUCUGUCAACGUGUUCCAGGGACACACCGACACGGUGACAUCAGCAGUGUUCACUGUGGGGGACAAUGUGGUGUCUGGGAGUGACGAUCGCACCGUCAAGGUCUGGGACCUCAAGAACAUGAGGUCACCCAUAGCAACAAUCCGCACAGACUCUGCAGUCAAUAGGAUAAGCGUGUCGGUGAGUCAAAGAAUCAUUGCUCUUCCUCACGACAAUCGACAAGUUCGGCUGUUUGACAUGUCAGGAGUGCGGCUGGCUCGACUCCCACACAGCAACAGACAGGGCCACCGGCGCAUGGUGUGCUGCUCAGCCUGGUGUGAGGACAACUCCUUCUGUAACCUCUUCAGCUGUGGCUUCGACAGGCAGGCCAUCGGAUGGAACAUCAACAUCCCAGCUCUGCUGCAGGAGAAGUGAGCCCAGCCCAGACAGCCCUGAGCCAUCCGCCUGGCCCAUCUGCUCACUGAACCCCAUGUUAAGAGCUGAUCCCUGGUCAGUUCAGUCAGAUGCCACCACCCUCAGACAGGGAGGGGAGAAGAUCGAUCGAGGACCACUCUCUCUCUCUGUGUCAAGUAUUCAUGUUCUUCUCACACUCCAAAUGUGGUCACAGUCUGGUCUGCAUAGUUUGAAUAUACAUACCAUACUACAUACAUGUGUGAUGGUGUGUGGUGGUUUUCAAACUUGCCCAUGUAUGUACAGAAAAUGUAAAGGACUACUCUCUGCUUUGUUGUUGGGCUUAUUUUGAUCAGUUUAUUCAUGACUUUCCUUCUGAAGAUAAAUAGCACUGACAUAAAGAAGGUACGGGGGGAUUUUGUAGUCACCCUAAUUUUCAGUUCAGAAUAGGUCAGGCACCUUUUUGAUGGUGUAGCCUCGUUGAUAAUGAGCAGCAUUUCAUGGAGACUUGUGUUAGUACUGAAAUGCCACACAUCUGCUUUCGAACCCACCUUAACCGCUCAGAAGUACAGCUAGCCAAGCUACUGCAUAUCUCUGUGCCAUUUCGGCAGAGCCAUACUUUGUCAAGGUCUACUGCAUAUCUCUGUGCCAUUUCGGCAGAGCCAUACUUUGACCAUCUAUUGGUGAUCAACUGAGCACUGAAUAAGGAACAUGCAGAGCUGCUACAGUACAGUGUUCAAGUGGCUCUGUCAUGCACCUUUUAGAACCAAUAGCUGUUACAAUUGUAUUUGUUGUUAAACUGUUUUAGCCUAAAUACCAUUGCAGCUUUUGUACAGACUUGACAGAAUCCUACUCUUGAGUCCUAGACAGUAUGUUGUACCAGUGGAUUAAAUUGUGUAAACACCCCAUGUUUAGAGGUUGAGGUUGAUCUUCUUCACCAUUUUAAUAGGCACUUCAUUCAGGUUGAGGUUGAUUGUCUUCACCAUUUUAAUAGGCACUUCAUUCAGGUUGAGGUUGAUCGUCUUCACCAUUUUAAUAGGCACUUCAUUCAGGUUGAGGUUGAUUGUCUUCACCAUUUUAAUAGGCACUUCAUUCAGGUUGAGGUUGAUCGUCUUCACCAUUUUAAUAGGCACUUCAUUCAGGUUGAGGUUGAUCGUCUUCACCAUUUUAAUAGGCACUUCAUUCAGGUUGAGGUUGAUCGUCUUCACCAUUUUAAUAGGCACUUCAUUCAGGUUGAGGUUGAUCGUCUUCACCAUUUUAAUAGGCACUUCAUUCAUGUGUAAUAAUCAUAAAUGAGUCUUAGAAAGUAAGACGUCAUGAAAUUGCUGUAGAGUUUACAAACAAUAAUAACAUGUGAAGUGUUUCUUAGAAUUAGUCAGUAUUGAACCUGUUACAGGGAUAUAUAGGUCAGUAACUUGUUACCACGUGGUACUUCCUUGCGUAAGUAAGUGGGAUCUCUAAGAGCGUUCUAAUGCAAUAGCUGUAACAUGCUUGGUGUGCUCAGUGAUCAUGGCGUUAAUUUCUUCAUAGGAAACUAAAAGAAGAAGAGAUUAUUAUGUGUUUGAGGUAAGUGUGAUGUCAUAAAGUAGCUGUGUCUGUUUUUUAGAGAAAGAGAAUCCAUGUUUGACUUGAAAACAUUUUGAGUGUAAUUGUCUGUGAGAGUCACUUGGCAGGCAGCACAGUUGACUUGGUUACAUUCCUGCUCUUACGCAGACAAAUGAUACAAAAUGAUGCAUCUGUAUCUCAUGAGGCAAGCCAGCUUUAUUGCAAUCGUAAAUGCUUCUUUAGAGACUUAGAUAUGCUUUGUGUUUUGCUAACUUGUAACAACAUAUUAACUAUUGAUAUUUAUCCAAGAAGUCACGUUGAACAUCUUUUAUCCCAUUAUGGAAUCGUUAUUGUGACAAAAUAAAGUGGUUCCAGGUGUAGGCCCACGGUUCUAAGUGAGCGUAACUUUCCUUCCACAAUAAAUUUCACAUCUGGGGAAAAUUAAAUGUAAUCAUCUCUAUUCAAAGGGGCCUAUUUGGCUUAAUGGUGUAUUCUUGCUGCAUAUUUUAUUAUCCUUUUAACUUUGAGGUGAUCUUUUCAUUUCCACUAGUUCUUCAUCCUGUGCAGUUAAAAUCAGUUGGAUCUCUUUGGUUUCAUUGGCUGAAGUAUUGUUUUAAUCUAUAGUGGUUUGCAUGUAGUCUUUCUCAUGUACCGUUUAUAUCAGGGAUGUCUUAGGGGUUACUCCUAGCCUGGUCCCACAUCCAUUUGUGCUCUUACCAACUCCAUUGGUCAUUGUCAAGCCAAACAUGACACUACUGUAAGUGACAAGGAGUUGGCAUGAUGGCACAAACAUAUUGGCACUGAAAAUAGGCUACUGCAGAUGUGGUUGUGCAGUUCUAUGCAUGACUAAUACCACAUGAUGUAGUACUAGAGGCAUUGAUUAAGUGACUAUAGUAAUCUGUUACAUGGGUUGGUAUAAUAAGAGAUGUAUCUUGGACCGUAGCUGUCCAGGAUUGUAAUCCGUGAUUUAAGUGAAACAAAUUUGUUUGAAAUAUCAAAGAAGUAUGGCCUGUGAAUGUGAAGUCUAGCCUGGUGCCAGAUCUAUUUGUGAGCUUGCCAACUUCAUUGGUCGUUUGGCAUGACAAUGAAUGAAAAGGAGUUGGCAUGGUAGCACAAACAGACUGCCACUCAGACUACCUGACCUCCUGAGCCACCAUGCAUAGAUAGUUUACCAUGUUUAUCAACACUUUCUUCAUGGAUUUAUUUACAUUUCAGUCUCAUGGUUUUAUCAGCUGGUCAUGUAAAUGUGGUCCUGGUGUUCAUUUCAAUGGAGUACAGUGCUUGCUUGUUUCCCAAAUUGCACGCUAUUCCGUAUGUAAUGCGUUACAAAGGGAAUAAGGUGCAAUUUGAGACGCAUACUCUCAUUACAUCAUACAAACUUAGCAGUAGAAAUCAACAGUGUAAAAGCUUUAGUAAAACUGUGGUUUACCUACCUAAUGAUAUUUUAUGUGGUAAAAUAGGUUAAUUUUAACAAGAGGAGCUCCACAAGUACACAUCUCAUAACAUUAAACAGUUUAGCUGUGUGUGUGUGCGUGCGCGCACAUGGUGGCUAUUCAUAAGGAACAGCAGCUUGUGAAAUCAAAUAAAAUGUUGUGCUGUUUCAUUC